AUGACCACGAAGCGAGCUGAGAGCCUAUCAACCGAGAUCAUUGCAGGCAAAAAAGAAGGAGAACAGCGGGAUAUUACUACUAGGCAAUCAAGGGACUGCAACGUAAUGAAAGGCCUCUCUCGAAAUUCCUAA